AUGACCACCCCCGCAAUACCACCAGCGGCAGCUGCUGGCGGAGAUGCAGCAGCAGGCGCACCUGCAGCAGCAGCAGCAGCAGCUGCAGCAGCAAAGCAGCAGCAGCAGCAGCAGCAGCAGCAGCAGCAGCAGCAGCAGCAGCUCCAGCAGCAGCAGCAGCAGCAGCAGCAGUUCCAGCAGCGACUCGGACUCGAGCUCCAGCUCUGA